AAAAUGUAUAAAAAAAGUUCAAUUCCAGCGCCAGAGUAAAAAAAAAAAAUGAUUUCAAAUACUGAAAUGCUUUAUGUUCUCUUCUAACAGUUUUUGUUGCCCGUUCGCUUAUCGUCUCUCCAGGCCGAGAGACAAUUGGCGAUUAAUAGAAGCAAACGAAGAUAAACUUAAAGAGGGAAAAGAAGAAAAAGAACAUAUAUAAUAAGCGAAAAGAAUCUCUUAACAAAAAAAGGGAGAACAUUGACCUGUGGUGUAGCGUGUAAACCAAGAUGACCACCAUGCCAGUGGUGUGGUGCACCGAUCCCAAUUCGGUGAACAAUAAGCCGACCGCCUUUGCCCUGCAUGGAAUUCAGCUGCAGGGUAAUGUGACUGAGAAGCAGGUAAAUGCAUUGCGUGAACUGGUCAAUGCAGCGGCCGAGGGACGUCUCAUACUGCCCUCGGAUGGCACAUUUAUGCUGCUGGACAGCGGAUUAAGCAUUGAGAGUUCGAUACUGGCCAAUGCUGGCAAGGAGACGGUCAAAAAUGAUGCGCAUUUGGAUAACAGCAACAAAAGUACCAAGAACACAUAUAUAUUAAUGCCGGUGAGCAACAACAAGGCAGCAACAACAGCAGCAGCAACGACAGCAACAACAGCGACAACAACAGCAGCAGCGACAACAGCAACAAGCAAUUCCUGCACGCCAGCAGCAAUUGCCGCUGCAGCAGCACAAUUGGAAUUCCUUUUGGAGCCCAAAUAUUCAACAUUUACGCCGCCCAGCUCACUGGCUGAUGUGGAGGAGGCUGAGAGCAAUCGGCAGGCGGAUGAGGAGGAGGAACAAGCGGAUAGUGAGAUACUUUAUGAGUUUCUGUGCUGUGCCAAGUGCAUGAAUGAACAGCGUGCUGGACAUGGCGGCACUUGUGCCAGCGCCAAUCGACGCUUGCAACGCUUUCUGCGACAUUGCAACAACAGCAGCAACAGCAACAAUGAGCCACAGCAACAGGUCAAUGAACCCGUUAUAAGCAGCGAUGAUCCUGUUAGCAACAUAGCCAGCAAAUAUGCCAGACGCCAGCAACAGCAGCGGCAACGUCACAAGCAGCAUGCCACUGUAUCAAUGGGAAUUGCACGUAAUCGCGUCAGCAACAAUCGUCAUCAUCAUCACAGCAAAUUACCCAUGCACAGUGUGAAAAUCUUUCAUAAUCGCAGCAGUCACAAUCCACUCAGUGGCGCGUGUACUACAGCGCUGCCCCCGCCAGCAACAACAACAGCAACAGCAACAGCGACAACAACAACCACGUCAACGACAGCGACUACAGCGAGCUUUAGCAUUGAGUCGGCCAGUUUGUCGGUGACAGCGGCACUGUCAACAUCAUCAACGCUGCCGAUCUAUGCGAUUGUGAGUAAAAAGCGUGACGCGAACGUUGAAAAGACUGAAACAACAACAAGCGCCAACAGCAGCAACAACACUAACAACAACGACAUGUUAGCUGCGGUGCCUGAAGAACCAACAACAACAGCAGCAACUGUUGAGGAUCUUAUCAGCUUUGAUGAUGAUGAGAAUGAUAAUGAUGUUAAUAAUCAACCAAAUGCCAGCUUAGCCAUAAACACAACAACAACAGCAACAACAACAGCUAGUAACAACUGUGAUAAUCAUUUGGAUUUACUGUGUGCUCCAAAUGAUGUAAGUGAGAAUUGCAAUUUAAUAUCGCUGCUGGCCACCCCGCCCCCCACACCGCCCAAGCCCAAUUCGCCGGGCAGCAAUAAUUCCAGUCGCAAGACAAGCUUUGAUUCCACCUGCACAAUCAGUUCCAUGGACUCGGGUUUUAUGGAAAUGCAGCACAAAUUGGAUGCCUUGGCAGCGGCGGCAGCAGCAGCAACAGCAACAACGACAACAACAACGACUGGCGAGAAGAUUGCCAGACGCAACUAUAAGGAAUGUUUGACGCAGUCGCGAAAUCGUCGCAAAUCCUAUGAAGAGUUUAAGGCCAUGUUUGCCGAAGCAACACAAACGGAAGCGGCAGCAACUCGUUUGACGCGACGACGUUGUGGCACAUUGCAGGAGCAGCAGCAACAUGUGGGAGCAACAGCAGCAGCAGUUGUUGUUGAGGUGGCAGCAACAGCAGCAGCAGCGUUGCCAUUGCUGGCGGCAGAUGACGCAACAACAACUACAAACAACAGCAAUAACACUGUGAUGACAACGCUCGCCUCAAUAUCAGAACAAGAAACCACAAGCACAGGCAGCAACAACAACAACAACAACAAUGACAGCAACAAUAUCAAACCGGAUUGCGCAAACGAGUUUGCAGCGACAACAACAGAUGAAAUGGAUACCGGCGACGAUCUAACAACAACAGCAGCAACAACAACUUUUGCCAAUGCCGUCAGCAACAACAACAACAAUAACAACAUUACCACCACAGAAGCAAUGCGCAAGAAUUCCGAUUUUCUAUCGCAAAUACUCGAUCAUCAAUUGGCGGCCAAGGAGCAGCGGGAAAAGGCGCACAAGCGACGCACAUCGUAUGAGGAGUUUAAGCGAUUGGUGCGCGAAAUUGAUGGCGGCGCUCUUGGGAGUGUGGAGCAUCCAGUCAUGGAAUGUCAGCUGGACACACCCACAGCAACAACAGCGACAACAGCAACAACAUCGCCACUUAAACGUCAGAAUUCGCGACAGCGCAAAAGUUUUGCCUCCUACUUUUUGCCGCGUCGCAACUCGACGAAAGAGCAAAAGACUGAGCUUGAAUUGGACACGAGCAAAGCCGAAAUGGAGCAGCAACAACAGCAGCAGCAACAACAACAGUUGCAGGCUUAUGCCAAAUUGGCUGGCAGGAACAACAGUUGCUGCGGUGCCAGCUCCAGCUCAAGUGCCAGCUAUAAGCGCAAUUUUAAGAUCUAUGAUAAGCUGGUCUAUGGCACCAUCUAUGACAUCAUACAGCGCAAGAACGAUAUCUAUCAGUUGACAUAUCAAAAGUAUGACAAAUAUAUGACCUAUGGCACCAUCUAUGAGAUAUUGCAUCGCAAAUCCUCAACAACAUCGCAGAGCAGCAACUCUUUGACCAGCGGCAGCAAUGACAAAUGGCAGCGCAAAAGUCUUAGCUCAAUUUUAGAACGCGACACAACAGCAGCAACAACAACAACAACAACGUCUGUACAAAUGCAUAAAUCAAACGAUGUGAUUUAUGAUAUAAUACAAAAGCAACAGCAAAAGCGUGAAAGGGAACGUCAAAAGCAGCAAGAACAGGCAAAGCAACAGCAACAAACACAACAGGAUGCAACAACAGCAACAUCAGCAACAACAACAGCAAAUUUGGGCACACAUGUCACGCACAAAUAUGGCACAAUUUAUGACAUCCUGCAAGGAGAGAAAUUGGAUGCCGGCGAGGAGGCAAUCAACGAUUGCAAACCAGUUGCAACAACAGCAAUAUCAGCAGCAACAACAGCAACAACACGUUUUGUGGUCAGCCAUGUGGAUGAGCAACAGAUUAACGCUGACAACAUGUUGAAUGCUUCGCUUGCUGUUGCUGCUGCUGUUGCACCUGCACCAGCAACUGUUGCUGCUGUGGAGCAGGCGAGCAAGUGCAGCAAAAUGCGUCGCUUGUCCAAUAUGCUGAGCUACAGUAAAUCUAGCCAAAACAGCCAUAAUGCAACACAGGAGACAGCCAGCAACAAUGAACAGGGACAACAACAACAACAUCAGCCAAAACGCAGCCAGGCCAAGCGACGUGUUGGUGUCAGCAAUCUGUUGUUGCCACUCGACUCGGAGGAGCUGUACACACGCAUUAUUGCCCAGCAGCGACGCGAGGGCAGCACCAGCAGCAAUUCGAGCAGCGAUGCCGAUUCUCAGCAUCUGGCAUUGAUGAAAUCCAAUUCAUUGGAUGCCAUCUCCAUGUCAGUGGCCAUAUCGCCACCAACAACACCCUCCCCGCCGCGUCCACGUCGCAGUCUCAAGCAACACAAAUGCCUGCAGCAGCAGCAACAGCAAUCUCAGCAGCAGCAACAAUUGCUGCCGCCGUUGAUGAAAAAGCAUUCGCUGGACAAUUGUUUGGCACCAAAGCAACCACAGCGUCGUUGGUCCAAUCAAACGAUUCUCAAAUGCACCUGCCAAGCUCUAGAGGAGCCCCUCGCACGGCCAAGCAGCCAUUGCACUUGCCCAACACCAACACCCGCGACAACAGUUGCUGCUGCUGUUGCCGCCAAUGCAUUGUCUGUCAUUGAGAAAAGCCGCUCGCUGCCCGCCGCCUGUUCACAUACGUGCGUUAAUUUAAUAGCUGCCGUUGCCGGUUGCGAUGCGGCGGCCACACCAAUAGUCAAGUCUAACACCAAACCUACAACAGCAACAACAGCAGCAACAUCAACGACAACGACAACAACGGGCAAAAAAGGCAAAUCGCGUCGACUUUCGGAAUUUACGCGUGGUGAAUUUUUAAAUGAAAAAUCCUGGUACUUCCGCAAAAUCAAACGCAUUGAGGCUGAGAAAAAACUGUUACUGCCAGAGAACGAGCACGGCGCAUUUUUAAUACGCGAUUCCGAGAGCCGUCACAAUGACUACUCGCUAUCAGUGCGCGAUGGCGAUACGGUUAAGCAUUACCGCAUCAGACAAUUGGAUGAGGGCGGAUUCUUCAUUGCCAGACGCACAACGUUCAGAACCCUACAAGAGCUUGUCGAGCACUAUUCCAAGGACUCGGAUGGACUGUGCGUCAAUCUAUGCAAACCAUGUGUACAGAUUGAGAAACCUGUGACCGAGGGCCUAUCACAUCGAACACGCGAUCAAUGGGAAAUCGACAGAACAUCGUUGAAAUUCCAACGCAAACUGGGAUCCGGACAGUUUGGAGAUGUCUGGGAGGGACUGUGGAAUAACACAACUCCCGUGGCGAUUAAAACGCUUAAAUCAGGCACUAUGGAUCCCAAGGACUUUUUGGCCGAGGCUCAAAUCAUGAAGAAACUGCGCCACACAAAGCUGAUUCAGUUAUACGCUGUCUGCACCGUCGAGGAGCCCAUCUACAUUAUUACGGAGCUGAUGAAGCAUGGUUCCCUUCUGGAAUAUCUGCAAGCAAUUGCAGGCAAAGGUCGUAGUAUCAAAAUGCAAACGCUCAUUGAUAUGGCUGCCCAAAUAGCCGCUGGCAUGGCCUAUUUGGAGUCACAAAACUACAUCCACAGAGAUUUGGCAGCCCGAAAUGUUCUCGUCGGCGAUGGCAAUAUCGUGAAAAUUGCCGAUUUCGGUUUGGCUCGACUUAUCAAGGAGGAUGAAUAUGAGGCACGUGUCGGAGCCCGUUUCCCCAUUAAAUGGACUGCGCCAGAGGCGGCCAAUUACAGCAAAUUCUCAAUCAAAUCGGAUGUGUGGAGCUUUGGCAUUUUACUCACCGAACUGGUCACCUAUGGACGUAUUCCCUAUCCAGGCAUGACCAACGCCGAAGUAUUAACUCAGGUUGAGCACGGCUAUCGCAUGCCGAUGCCACCCAAUUGUGAGCAGCGGCUGUAUGAGAUAAUGCUGGAGUGCUGGCACAAAGAUCCAAUGCGCAGACCCACAUUCGAGACGCUGCAAUGGAAGCUGGAGGACUUCUACACAUCCGACCAGAGUGACUAUAAGGAAGCGCAGGCUUACUGAUAAAUGCUUUAUGCGCCCGCUGGCAAGCGCAGCAGCUGCAAUAAGGUGGCGCCAGGUGGCGCUGCAGCUGGCCAAGUGGAGCAAAGCAAAUAUGUUAAAACAGAUGCAUAAACGACGACGACGACGACGACGACAAAGACGACGGCGCCAAUCAUCCCAACACGGACAAUUCUUAUUUAGUUACUUACUUCAGUUUUGCACAGAUUUUCUACCGCAUUAUAAAAGAAAAACAAAACAGAAUCCCAUACUUUAUGGGCUGAAUGUAUGUUUAGGCAACAAUAUAGGAAUUACUUACAUGUUAUUAAUGUUUAAGCAGGCAAAUUUUAGUGUUUAAUGCAGUGUGCUAAGAAGUAGGAGAAAGAGGAGAAGCAGAGAAGAAGCAAGUAUGUGUAAUAAUUCUAUUUGUAUUAUGAUUACAAAAACGUUUUCUUUAAAUACAUGUAUAUCGCCAAUUACAUAUGUGGAAAUUAAUUAUGUUUAUUUAAAUACGGAUUAAUAAUACAUAUAUAUAUAUACAUAUAAAAAUCGAAUGUAUUAACAGAUGUAUUUAUACAAAAUCGCAUGGCUUGGAAGGAAAGAGCAUGUGUAAUGAUUAUUUUUGUAUUUCAAUUACAAUGCAUUAUUUUGUUUCUUUCAAUACAUUGUAACUGCGAAAUUCUGCGAAAUGUUUGAAAGCUGAUGAAACAUAUACAUAGAAAUAUAUAUGAAAACGCAUAAAGUCACAGUUUAUAUAGGAUCUUCAAAUAUACAUAUAUAUGCAUACAUUUCUUUUAGUUAAUAGCCAUUAUUAACCAUAUUUAAAUACAUAUACAUAUUUAUGCUUUUAGUUAAAACAUUAUGUGUCUUACCUUAUAUAUAUAUAUAUUCAACAGAACACACACUCAACAUAAUCAACGACAUAUAUGCUUUAUCUGUAUCAUUAUCGUGUAAUCUUAAAAGAAACAAAAACAACACACAAAUACCAGAAGAAAA